AAAUUGGCAACUGUGUGUAAGAAACAUGGGCAGCUACAAUUGUGUGUGUGAGACAGGGGAGGGAGAGCAGAAGUUGUGACCACAGACUUUUUUGACAGUGUGUUUAUGUGGGAACUCAUUAAGACUGAGUGAUUAAGAUACUGACAGGGGGAAGGUGCUUAGCCUAGCAAUUAGGCCCAGGUUAGGAUGCCUGCAACCUGCUUGGGAAUACCUGGAUUCAAUGCCCACCUCCAAUCCUGACUCUGCCUUCCUCUGAUGCACAACCUGGAAGCAAGUAAUUGAGUCCCUGCCACUCACUUGGGAGACCUGAAUUGUGUGCCGGGCCCAGCCCAGCCCAGCUCAGCCCUGGCCAUUGUGGGUAUUUGGAGAGUGAGCUGGCAGAUGGAAGAACUCUGUCUUCAAAUGAAUAAAAAUUGUUUUACGUAUAUGUCUGCUAUUCAUAAAAUCUAUCGAUGGCACUAUUUUUUUUGAAAUACUGUAUAAGAACUUGUGAUGGUGUGUACGAAAUAGUUUAUGAGAAGGGAGUGAGGACCGAAGAUCAGACGCUAUCCGACAGUCUGAUGAGCAAGACACUGGGCAGGAAACGGGUAGGGACUGUCAGGGCCCAUGUGUAGGUGAGACACCUCACUGUAUGUGAGCAGGUGAUGCUGAGAAAGGAGUGAAUAGUGUGCAACUGUUAGUGCCAGGCUGGACUAGCAGCUGACGUCCCGGAAGCAGCGUACGUGUGAGAAGCGAGCAUGACCCAGACCCAGUAGAUGGCUGAGACCCAAGGCACAGGAAUCGUGUUGUGUGUGUGUGUAGGAUGGUUCAUGAAAGGCUGAAGGCUGGGAAACCGAGAACGAGCGGCCGUGAUAGGGAGAGUGUAAGAGGUAGUCUUGUGUGACCCUGAGACUAGUGGUAACUGGAUGGACAGUUCCUGCUACAGUCUGCCUCAGGAUCUGGUAAGACUGAGUGACUGAAAGGGUGUGAGAGAGGACAUGAACCACUGGGCAGGGACUAGAAGCACUAUCUGGAAGUCAGUGACUGGGGAGGGAAAUUUGAGAACUGAGCAGCGUUGGAGAAUGUGUGUGUGAGUGAAACAUUUCCUAGAACUAAAUCAGGAAGUUUGAGAAAAUGAGAGUGAAUGAGACGCUGAGCACCCAUGUGAUGAGGCUAUGUGAGAGCCAGAUGAGGCUGGAAUUGUGCACAUGUAUAUGAGGGGACUUCAGAAAGUUUAGGCCGGCGCCGCGGCUCACUAGGCUAAUCCUCCACCUGCGGCGCCGGCACACCGGGUUCUAGUCCUGGUCGGGGCGCCGGAUUCUGUCCCGGUUGCCCCUCUUCCAGGCCAGCCCUCUGCUGUGGCCAGGGAGUGCAGUGGAGGAUGGCCCAGGUGCUUGGACCCUGCACCCCAUGGGAGACCAGGAGGAAGCAUCUGGCUCCUGGCUUCAGAUCAGCGCAACGCGCUGGCUGUGGCAACUAUUUGGGGGGUAAACCAAUGGAAGGAAGACCUUUCUCUCUGUCUCUCUCACUAACUCCACCUGUCAAAAAAAAAAGUUUUAUAGAGGGGUGGGCAUUUGGCACAGUGGUUAGAGCACUGCUUGUGGCACCUAGGUUUCAGUCCUGGCUCUGCAUACGAUUCCAGCUUCCUGCUAACACAUGCCCUGGGAGGCAGCAUGUGCUUGGGUCCUGCCACCCUCGAAACAGACCUCAAUGGAGUUCUUAGCCCCUGGCUUUGGCCUGGUCCAGCUCCAGCUGUUGGCGGGCAUUUGGCAAGUAAACUCGCAGAUGGAAGCUCUCGGGCUCACUCACUCUUGCUCCUCCCUCCCUCGACCUCAGUCUCUUAAAUACAUAAAAAUAAAAUUAGAAAAUGUUUGAAAUCCACACACACGAGUAUGAGAUAGAGUGUGAGAGUGUGAGGAAAAAGAUGGUGUGCACAACUUGACUGUGUGAGUCUUACCAAGAGCCUGGUGAUAAUUUUGAACUUGGGAUUGCAUCCAACAGGAGCAGACUGAGGGAGAAUGCUGGUGAGACCAGGUGGUUGACUGCGCCAGCAUCAGAGAACAUGAUGGUGUGCGUGUGUGUAAGACGGUGCAGGAGACCUUAAUAUCCGAGUCCCUAAGUCAGCACCAGCUGUGUUCAGAGCCGACCGAGAAGAACUGGGAGACGACGUGAGGAAGAUGGAGUCUGAUAUACCAUGUGGUGGUUUCCACAGGUGAAACUCAUGGGAGACUAGGAGUCAACCCCAGGGGCUGUGAGGUGUGAAAAAAACGGCUUGAGUGAGAAGGGUUGGUAGAGAAGAUGUCCGUGUGUGUGUGUGUGUGUGUGUGUGUGUGUGAGAGAGAGAGAGAGAGAGAGAAGAGAAACUUCAUGAGAAAUGAGCGGGGACUGUACAUCAGUGACUGUUGGCACAGGUGAGGUCAUGGUCAUGGCUGUGACAUGUUAUGAGCUGGUAUCACUCCGUGAGAGGAACUGGUGAGAAAAUACUGGCGGGGCUGGCCAAAUGAGACAGGCUGUAAGACAGGAUUGCACCUUUGAAACUGCUCGGGGAGACGGCAGUGGGCCCGGGGCUCAGUGACAGAAAAUGACUCUGAGGAGUGAGCGACCGACCGACCGAAUAUCUGAGAGGCUGGGUGAUUGAGUGCGGGUGUGAGGCUGUUCCUAAAAAGACUCCAGUAGAGGCUACAAAUCCACUGCGUGUGUGUGUAGAGCUAAAAAGAGAACUUGAAGCAAAAGAAGACCAGGUGGGACAGUGUGUAAGAGACCACGGAUAGAGUGUCACAGACCUGGGACAAAAACCCUCUUCUGUUUGUCCUCUUCCUCCACAGGCCCCUCCUGCCCAGUCCCCUGGGCUAGCUCCUCCCAGUUCUCCAAGGCUUGAAACACUGGAGUUCCCCAGAACUUGAAGUACUUCUUAUUCCCCGGGUCUUGCCCAAAUUUUUACCUCCAACUCCAGACCUUUCUUAGCACUUACCAGCAUCUCUAUCCUUAACCUCUAUCUCUCCUAUCCCUUCUCACUCAAGCCACCUUUUCACACCCCAUUUUAUUUAUUUCACAUAUUGUUCCAUUCUGCACAUGUUUUCUUGAGCUCCUACUAUUUGCUAGUCCCCAUCUAAUACCCUGAAGACGUAGCAGUUAAUAAACCAAGCACAAAUCCCUGUUUUUAUGGAGCUGGUAUUUAAUGAGACCGACAAGAAAAUACAUCACAUCAGCCAGUGACUUGGUAACAGGAAUCAGACUCUCCCACUCUUUGGUUAAAUAAGGGAUCCCAUAGUUAUUUUAUUGCCCAGCCACUCAGUCCUCUUCCAUAGGGGAUCCCAUGAAUAUACAGUUGAGGAACGGAGGAAAUACUGCCUCUAACAUUAUUAUGACCAGGGCAACAAGCGAUUAUAUAAGGCAGCCAGCCAGCAUUGCAGGUUUCCUGGGCAGUUUUGUUUUCACAGGCUAACAUGGCACUCACACCUGAAGUCUUAGACUCUUAACAAGACCCUGUUGUUCAAAGCACACUCUGAAAGACAGGCUUAGAUGACGAGAGAACAGAGUACAGCUGCAAUGAAUACGAAUGUUAACACACACCUUAUCACCUGUAAAACAAGAGCAGGAUUCUUGAGGGAUUUGCUUUACUGCUUGACCAGUUUCUUUUAUCUUGUUUUAAUUUGUAUUCCUUUCUCUGUGAAUAUCAAAGAAAUGAGGCAUUGCCUCCCUAACUUUCUUAGGCUCUUUUUGUUGUUGUUGUUGUUAAUUAAAAAGAUUUCUGUUUUUAAAGCCAUCUCUGGAAUUUUACUCAUAAGGGCUUAUUUAAAAAAAAAAAAAGCAACAGCAGCUAGCAGAUGUGUGAAUCUCAGCUUUACCUGCAUGGAAGAUGGGCUGAAGAGGAACUAAUUAUUGACAGUAAAAUAAGGGGCAUGGAAAAUUAUUUGCUGUAGUGAGACUCACAGAAAAAUAGAGGUCAGUAUUAAGACUAGUGGUUCUCAAAGUGUGGUCCUGGACAGUAGUGUCAAUCUCACCUAGGAGCUUGUUAGAAAUACACAUUUAAAAAAAUGUAUUUAUUUGAAAGGCAGAGUUACGGAGAGUGAGCGAGAGUAAGACAUCUCCCAUCUGCUGGUGCACUCCCAAAAUGGCCACAAUGGGUGGGGCUAGGGGAACCAAGAGCCCCAUCUGCAUCUCCCAUAUGGGUGCCAGGGCCCUAAGGACUGGGCCAUCCUCUGCUGCCCUCCCAGGCACAUUAGCAGGAAACUGGAUCGGAAGCAGGGCAGCUGGUGGCACUCUGAUAUGGGAUGCUGGCCUCAGGCAGCGGCUAUGGGACACUGUGCCACAAUACCAGCACCACAAAUAGAGUCUGGAUCCCUGCUCCACACCUACUGAAUGGAAAAUAGGUGGGGCUCAGCAGGCUGCAUUUUUCAACUAGCCCUUUGGAUGAUCGUGAUGUAAAGUAAGGUUUGAGAGUCACUGGGCUGGAGAGUGACAGGGAUGCUACCGGGGCAGCGGGGAAGGCCUCUUGAGGGAGGUGACAUUUUAUUAUCUGUCUCCUCUUUUAAGUGUAGAAGUCACUCAGGAGCCAGAAAUUUUGCCCUGUUCUUUCUUCCAUCUAAUGCCUAGAAGUGCAUGUGGCAUCCAGUAGGUAUUCAAUAAAUGUUGAACACAUGAAUUUAAUAAACACAGAGCACCUACUGUACACUAGGCAUUGUCCCAAGGACUUAAAAAAAUCUUCAUGCAGGUGCAGUCCCUGUGCGCAUUUUAUAGGGGAGGCAGCAGGUUCAGGGGAGGGGGUGUGAGCUGCCUGAGGGUACUCAGCUGGAGCCUCCUAACCACUCCUGCCUCAAGCCCCGAAAGUUUCCCCAGCUAUACCUCCUGGACCCCAAGGGCAGUAGAUAUCCCCCAGGCUCCCCCAUUCUAAACCCUUCCCCACCAACCUACCACUUCCCCUUCUCACUUCCCCUGUGCCGACCGCAGGGAACCUCACUUGUGCGGAAGGCAAAGCAAUCACCUCGGGGCCACCUCCCCAUGAAGAGAGGCACGACCAGUGGGCACCCUCCUUUCAGCCCCGGUCAGCACUCCCUAGGGGUGGACCUAGUGUGGUGCUAGGGGUUGUGCAUUUUACAGGUAAGGAAACAGACUUAGGUUUGAGUGCCCAAGGUCACGGGGUUCAUCCUGCUCCAAACUCGUGCUCUGGCUCCCCUCUGAGAAUUUGUCCAGGGAGCCCUGAUUGGACCCUAUAAGGUUUCUAGGCAGAGCAAGAGGUGCUGGGGAUAUGGUGACAAACAAAACAGGACCAAGGGUGAGGCAGGAAGUGGGGUGGGAAAAGAAGAGGAGGAAGCAGAGGAGGUCAACGCGGCAGAGGCUCCCUUCCUCCACUUCACCCUCCCAGUUCCUCCUGCCGCAGAUUCCUCUUUGCCGCCUGACUCCAGGGUGCAUACAGCCAGACCUCCACUCUGCCAAGGGCGCAGGCGUGUGCUGCUCAACAUGCCCGCCCAGGCGCAGCCCCCUCUACCGCUGCUGCUGCUGCCGCUGCUGCUCACCCUGCCAGCCACCGGUGCGGAUCCUGUAGUCUGCUUCACCGAGUAUGACGAACCCAGCGGCAAGUGCAAGGGCCUCCUAGGGGGAGGUGUCAGUGUGGAACACUGCUGUCUCAAUGCUGCCUAUGCCUUCCAGGAGCCUGGCAGUGGGCUCUGCCAUGCAUGCAGGUCCCCACUAUGGUCACCAUGGUCUGCGUGGGCCCCCUGCUCAGUGACAUGCUCUGAGGGCUCCCAGCUGCGGCACCGGCGCUGCGUGGGCCAGGGUGGGCCAUGCUCUGAGAAGGCAGCUCCGGGCACCCUCCAGUGGCAGCUACAGGCCUGUGAAGACCAGCCGUGCUGUCCUGAAAUAGGCGGCUGGUCUGACUGGGGGCCCUGGAGGCCUUGCUCUGUCACCUGCUCCAAAGGGACCAAGACCCGUCAGCGAGCAUGUGAUCGCCCUGCCCCCAAGUGUGGGGGCCGCUGCCCAGGAGAGGCCCAGGAGUCAGAGGCCUGUGACACCAAGCAGGUCUGCCCCACACAUGGGCUCUGGGCUGCCUGGGGCCCCUGGAGCCCUUGCUCAGGCUCCUGCCACGGUGGACCCCAAGUGCCAAAGGAAACACGGAGCCGCACAUGCUCUGCGCCUGAGCCCUCCAAGCAGCCCCCAGGGAAGCCCUGCUCAGGGCCAGCCUAUGAAGAGCGGAGCUGCGCUGGCCUGCCACCCUGCCCAGUGGCUGGGGGUUGGGGACCAUGGGGCCCUGUGAGCUCCUGCUCUGUGACCUGCGGCUUGGGCAAGACCCUUGAAAAACGGACCUGUGAUCACCCUGUGCCCCAGCAUGGGGGCCCCUUCUGCACCGGUGAUGCCACUCGGACCCACAUCUGCAACACAGCUGUGCCUUGCCCUGUGAAUGGAGAAUGGGAGGCCUGGGGGGAGUGGAGUGAAUGCAGCCGCCCCGGCAGGAAGUCCAUCAGCUGUGAGGAAGUCCCGGGCCAGCAGAGACGCACUAGGGUCUGCAAGGGCCGCAAGUUUGAUGGACAGCGAUGUGCUGGGGAGUACCAGGACAUCCGGCACUGCUAUAACAUCCAGCGCUGCCGCUUGAAAGGCUCAUGGUUGGAGUGGAGUUCCUGGGGACUGUGCACACCCCCAUGUGGGCCCAGCCCCACCCGGACCCGCCAGCGGCUCUGCACAGCCCUGCUCCCCAAGUUCCCGCCCACCAUUUCCCUGGUCGAAGGUCAGGGCGAGAAGAAUGUCACCUUCUGGGGUAAACCGUGGCCACAGUGCGAGCAGCUGCAAGGGCAGAAGCUGGUGGUGGAGGAGAAACGACCAUGUCUGCACGUGCCUGCCUGCAAAGACCCUGAGGAGAAGCCCUAACACCUCCCCCUCCCACUCUGACCCGUUCACCUCCCAGACCUCAAUAAAGCAGUCCUGAGGGCUCUUCUAAAAUUCCUUAAA